AUGGAGAAACAAGGGAGAGAAGAAAGCAGCAACAUUCGAGCUCCAUUGAUUCCUCAGAGACCAAUCGCUCCGAUCUGUCCAUAUACAGCGCAAGAACAAUAUAAUUGGAAUCAGGCUGAUGAAUGGAGUUUCUUUGGGAACAGAGACAUAAACAGUCUUGACCACUUGUCUUUUGGUGAUUUACUGUCUUUAGCCAACUCUGCUUCUUCAUAUUUUUCCUCACGUCAGAGUCACACUUCUUGCGCUAAUGCCUCAUCAGCUGGAACCGAAACGAGGAAAGUGGUUUGUGGAGAGAAAGGUAAUGAAGCAGUGGCAGAGAGUCUGAGCUCAGUGAGUAACAACAAUGUUGCUGAACAUAUCAAGACUCCGGAGAAGCCAAAGAGGAAGAAGCAUAGGCCAAAAGUUGUUAAAGAAGCUAAACCGAAGACGGAAACCAAACCGAGGAAGCCUCCGGUUAAAGAUCAAGAAAGCAAAACGCCUAGAAGGAAAUAUGUGCGGAAGAAGCAAGAAGUUAACAAGGAUCAAGAAUCUACGCCGGUUCAAGAAUCAGCAGCUGUAGAGGCUGCAAUUCACGCCAAGAAGCUUUGUAGACGAGCCUUGGAUUUUGAAGAUGAGAGUUCCAAACCAGAAAACGCAGAAAACAAGUCGAAGGAAUCAGCUUGCGUAGAGAAGCAGUCGGAUUCUGGAAAUCAAGAAUCAGAUGAUUGCUUUAUUAUUCCAGCGCCUAGCACUCCUACGAGAAAGCUCAGCCAGCGUAAAAGAAAAGGAAAAGAAAAUGGCGGUAAGGAGGAAGAAGUUGGUAUUUACACGGCACAAGCUCCAAAGAGAAGACAGGCUCCAAAGGAACCAACUCACUAUGACAAUCAAAGAGAGAACACGCAUUGGUUGGAUUUCGCAACACUGAUGAGAUGUGAUACCAUUUGUAGCACAUCAUAUGAUGCACAAGAGGAUGCUUCUGCCUUUGUCUCCAGUGUCCUAACCUUUCAAGAAACCAAUAAGAGAGACAUGCCAAUAAAGAAGAAAACAGGCCAUGCUCGAUACCGGAAUCUUUCAGCUAUUAAUAAAGAAAUGGAAGUCUCUGACCAGUUACAAGCAGGAGGUUUUACUAAACCACAGAAUAACCAUAUCACUCUUGUUGAGAAGCUGGUGACCUCGAGCAAGAAGAAGCAAGCCACCAAGUCUGUGAAAUCGAAAACUAAGCAGAUUUCUGUUCUCCCAAAUCUCCUCCAGUUUCCUCCUUCACUUACUGCAAAUGUAUCUCCAGAUGAGCUUUGGAAUCAAGUUUACUCGGUUGAAGCAAUUAGUCAGCAGUUGCGUUUAUUAGACAUCAACAGAGAGAAUUCAGGAAGUGCUCUUGUUCCUUAUUACCCGGGAAGCCAGAUUAUAGUCUUCAACAGUGGCGCUGGAGCAAUUGUGCCUGCAACUCCUGUUAAAAAGCGGCGUCCACGAGCAAAAGUUGAACUAGACAACGAGACAGACAGAGUUUGGAAACUUUUGAUGGAUAACAUUGACAGUGAGGGUGUUGACGGAUCAGAUGAACAGAAGGCUAAAUUUUGGGAAGAAGAGCGAAAUGUUUUCCGAGGAAGAGCAAACACUUUUAUCUCACGGAUGCACCUUGUUCAAGGUGAUAGACGUUUUACACCUUGGAAGGGUUCUGUUGUCGAUUCUGUCGUUGGCGUGUUCCUCACGCAAAACGUGUCUGACCACUUGUCGAGCUCUGCGUUUAUGUCACUUGUUGCAAAGUAUCCUGCUCCAUCAGUACCUAGCAAAAAACCUGAAGUAGGAACAAGCUCGGUCCAAAUAACCUGCUUGGACUCAGAAGAACCGAUCUCAAACCCUUCUGUUACUGUAAACAUCACACAGCCUGAUGAGUAUGUAAACAGCAGCGAUGAAACCUCUAGAGGCAGUAAUGAGAUUGCCAGCUCGGUUCAAUAUUCAGUUGACAGAAUGUCGGAUUCAAAUAAGAAAGGCUCAAGCGUUGAAGCUGAAAACAUAGAUCAUACAUGCAUUGUCCAAGACCUGUUUCCGUCUGAAGAUUCUGUACUUACAUGUCAGGAUUCGUUGGUUUCUGACGCUCCUCAAAAUACAGAGAGAGCAGGAUCGAGCUCAGAAAUAAACUCAAAAGGAGAGCAUUAUGGCUCUUUUGCGAAGCUCCUACAGGGGUUAGGGUCUGCUCAGCUAAAAGGCAAAGGAAGAGACGUUGUGAAAGUUGAUACAGUCUCUGCUGUAGAAGAGUCUAAUCUGAAGAAUCAAUAUCAACAAGUUGGUGCUUCAAGCAAUCCCGGAAGCUUACAAGUAUCACCAAAGGCGUCUCCGGGGGAUUGUAGCUCAGAAGUUCAAGAUUUCAUACCACUGAAAAGGCAGACAAUAUCUUCUGAUGACAGUAGUAAUGAGCCAUGUUGUUGCUUUGGGGAUGUUUUGAGUUGUCAGAAACCUGAAAGCUCUAGCAGCGUUCCUUGCACAAAACGCAAAGAAGUGCUCGUCACAGAGACUUUGAUUCCAGAUAUUAAUGAAAGCACGAGCUUUCUUGAUGUCCAAGAAGGCGCGGGAAAACCACCACCAGGUCCUGACUCUAGGCAGCAUCGAGACUCAUCAUGCAAAGAGCAACAGCCGAAGGACGAUGCUACCUCAAAAGCAAAAGCAAAAGGGAAAAAUGUUGUAAAGGAGAAAACAGAGGAGUUUGAUUGGGAUAGUCUAAGGAGAGAAGCACAAGCUAGAGUAGGAAAAAGAGAGAAAACAGAAAGGACAAUGGACUCGGUGGAUUGGGAGGCAAUAAGAAGAGCACAUGUUAGUGAAGUUGCUGAGACAAUCAAGAGUCGAGGGAUGAAUCACAAGCUCGCGGAACGUAUACAAGCCUUUCUUAACCGACUAGUCACAGACCACGGAAGUAUCGACCUUGAAUGGUUGAGAGACGUCCCACCAGACAAAGCAAAAGAAUAUCUUAUGAGCUUUAGAGGAUUGGGUCUUAAAAGUGUGGAGUGUGUGCGGCUUCUAACGCUUCACCAUCUUGCCUUUCCGGUUGAUACAAAUGUCGGGCGAAUAGCCGUUAGGCUAGGUUGGGUACCGCUCCAGCCGCUCCCGGAGUCGCUUCAGCUGCAUCUUUUAGAAAUGUAUCCUCUUCUUGAGUCUAUUCAAAAGUACUUGUGGCCGCGUCUCUGUAAGCUCGACCAGAAAACCUUGUAUGAGUUGCAUUACCAAAUGAUUACCUUCGGAAAGGUGUUUUGCACAAAAAGCAAACCUAACUGCAAUGCAUGCCCCAUGAGAGCAGAAUGCAGACACUUUGCCAGUGCAUUUGCAAGUGCAAGACUUUCUUUACCCGGUACAGAGAAAGGUAGUGGGACACCUGAUAAAGAUCCUUUGCCUCUGCACCUGCCAGAGCCGUUGCAGAGAGAGCAAGGGUCAGAAGUAGUGAAACACUCAGAAGAAGCAAACAGGCCAACAUGUUUUGAACCGAUCAUUGAAGAGCCAGCAUCACCGGAGCCAGAAUACGCACAAGUAUCAAUGGCUGACAUAGAACAUGCAUUCUAUGAGGAUCCUGAAGAAAUCCCUACAAUACAGCUAAACCUGGAUGAAUUCACAAGUAACAUAAAGAAAAUAAUGGAGCUACAAGAUGGAAACAUUUCCAACGCUCUAGUUGCACUUACUGCUGAAGCUGCUUCAAUUCCAAUGCCUAAGCUCAAGAAUAUCAGCCAGCUUAGGACAGAACACCGAGUCUAUGAACUUCCAGAUUCCCACCCUCUUCUAGCUGGGUUGGAGAGGAGAGAACAUGACGAUCCAUGUUCUUAUUUGCUUGCUAUUUGGACACCAGGUGAGACGGUUGAUUCAAUUCAACCAGCUGUUAGCAAAUGCCUUUCCCAAGCGAAUGGUAAGCUGUGUGAUGAGGAGACUUGUUUCUCAUGCAAUAGCGUUAAAGAAGCAAGAUCACAGACUGUGAGAGGAACAAUCUUGAUACCUUGUAGAACCGCAAUGAGAGGUAGCUUCCCACUCAAUGGGACAUAUUUCCAAGUGAAUGAAGUGUUUGCGGAUCACGCUUCUAGCCUGGUCCCAAUUGAUGUUCCAAGGGAAUGGGUAUGGGACCUACAUAGAAGAACUGUUUAUUUUGGUACAUCUAUACCAACGAUUUUCAAAGGUUUACCAACAGAAACGAUCCAACAAUGCUUCUGGAGAGGUUAUGUAUGUGUAAGGGGUUUCGAUAGAAAGACGAGAGGACCAAAGCCUUUGAUUGCGAGAUUGCACUUCCCUGCCAGCAAAAUGAAGACACAAGCUAACCAGCCUAGUCAUGGUGUUGCAUAG